UUUUUCCAUGGAAAACAAAGCUCACAUCGCUGUAGUUUCAAUUCCUGUUUUCAGCCAUCAAUCUUCAAUACUGGCAGUGUGCAAAUGACUCAUUCAACUUCAUUCACACUUACAAGUCACCUUCAUAGUUCCUGUUCUAAACUCUCUUUCUAAUGUCUCCAAAUCCCUCAUUGAUUCUCUUGCUUCUUUCAACAUUCACACCAUUCUUCUUCCUCCUAUCAUGUUCCCACAUGACUCCAAUAUUCAUCCAUCACUUCAAGUUCCUCGAGCUAUGUCUCAGUUUAUUCCAUCCAUUCGCGAUGCUUUGAACUCACUCAACUCAACCAAUAAGCUUGUUGCUUUGAUCGCUGAUUAUUUAGCCUACGAGAUGUUAGAAUUAGCCAAAACACUCAACAUAUUGUCCUACAUAUAUUUCCCCUCAUCAGCCUCGGUUCUUUCCUUGUGCUUGCAUUCGCCAUGGCUUCAUGAAACAAUUUCGUGUGAAUAUAGAGAGCUUCAAGAACCCAUCAAGAUCCCAGGUUGUAUACCAAUUCAUAGUCGUGAUCUCCCAACUUCAUUUCAAGAUCGAUCUAGCGAAGUUUAUGAGCAUUUUCUUCGACGUUCCAAAGGGUUAUAUCUUGCCAAUGGUAUAUUAGUGAACAGCUUCAAAGAAUUAGAAGAAGGAGCAAUAACAGCCUUGCAAGAACAAAGCAAUGGUACUAAAACAAAUUUGCAUGGACGAAGUAUGAACCAUGUAAGUGAAUCAUCUUCCAUACCUAGUUAUAAAUAUCCUUUUUUAUAUCCCAUAGGACCUAUUAUUCAAGCCGGAUGGAUGAGUAGUAACAACCAUGUGAGUCGUGAUUUAGAGUGUUUAAGGUGGUUGGAUAGACAGGAACCUAAGUCUGUGUUGUAUGUCUCUUUUGGAAGUGGCGGGACACUGUCUCAAAACCAAAUGAAUGAACUGGCACUAGGAUUGGAAUUGAGUGGUCAAAAAUUUCUAUGGGUUGUGAGAGAACCAAAUGAUUUACCAAGUGCUAAUUAUUUCACUGGAUCAAAAGACAACCAUUUAGGAUUCUUACCAAAUGGGUUUGUGGAGAGGGUAAAAGGGAAAGGCUUGGUGGUUCCUUCUUGGGCACCUCAAGUCGAGAUUCUUAGCCACAAAGCCACUGGUGGGUUCUUAACACACUGUGGUUGGUGCUCAACUCUUGAAAGUGUCGUGCAUGGCUUGCCAAUUAUAGCUUGGCCACUGUUUGCUGAGCAAAGAACAAUCGCUGCUACGCUUUGCGAUGGCCUGAAAGUGGCAGUGAGGCCAGACGAGGUUGAUGAGAAUGGAGUAGUGGGAAGGGAUGAUAUAGCGAUGGUGAUAAAGAGAGUGAUGGUAGGUGAUGAAGGAAUAGGAAUUAGGGCAACGAUGAAAGUUCUGCGAAAUGCUGCUACUGAUGCACUGAAACAAGAUGGGAGUUCUAGCAUGAUCCUGUCUCAGUUGGCAAUGCAAUGGAAAAACUUGGUAGGAUGAUCUGAAAAUGAGUUUUUUGGCCAAAAGAAAAGGGGCAAAAAAAUCUCAGAAUGAGUUUCAGUUUCAAUUUUUUUUUUAUUAUUUUAUGAUAAGAUCCGCGUUAAUGAUGAGAUCUGAUUAAUUACAUUCUGGUCCUUCCAGAACCUCCAUGACAUCAUUCUGAUUUUAAUAUCUGGAAUGGUUGUCGAUUCAAGUCGUCAUGGAUCUGUUAUGUCUUUCAAUUGUCGCUAUCUUUGAUUGGAUUUUUGGCCUUUGGUUUAAUUUUUCAUUCAUUCUUUGCUUUAUCUUGCGUUGAUUGCCUGGCUUGGUGUUGAUUUGUGAAUAUGUCCCUUCAUCUAUUGGCUGCGUGGAAUUUGGCAAAAUCUUGGACAAGAAAUGUUUUCCCAAAAAGGGUCCGGAGGCUAUUAUCUUGCAUUCUUGGCCUUUGCAAGGUGGAAUUCGGGUAAAAUCUAUUGGGAGGAAUUUAUUCCUGUUACUCUUUGAUAACAGAGAGGAUCAAGUUUUCAUGUUUAAACAUGGACUGUGGGGAUCGGAAAUUAUCCCGUGAACGUAUUUUGGCAGGUCCGGUUUGAAGUGUGUGUGUGUGUGUCCAUGCGAAAUUACCGUGUGAAUGCAUUUUAGC